CGUAUUCCAUUGGGUGGAGGAGAUGAGCUCCGUCUGAGAAAGGCUGCACGUCUAGCCAAACUUGUGCUGGACUAUGCGGAAUCGUUGGUCAAAGUUGGCGUGAGCACUGACUCCAUUGAUGCGAGUGUCCACGACUUUAUUAUAUCGCACUCUGCCUACCCAUCCCCGCUUCUCUACUCUGGGUUUCCCAAGUCUUGCUGUACAAGCAUCAACAAUGUCCUUGUCCAUGGCAUCCCGAAUGAUCGACCUCUUGAAGAUGGGGAUAUUAUCAACAUUGAUAUCACUGUAUAUCUGGAUGGGUAUCACGGCGAUACGUCGAGGACAUUUUUGGUCGGAGACGUUGAUGAACCUGGGAGGAAUCUAGUGAGCACAACGAACGAAGCUCUUGACGCAGGCAUUGCCGCAUGUGGUCCAGGACGACCUUUUAAAGGCAUCGGAAGCGCUAUAUAUAACUUGGCGAAAUCUAGAGGGUAUUCUGUCUCAAGCCAAUUCAUGGGCCAUGGGAUUGGGGAGGUCUUCCAUCGACCUCCGUGGAUAUUGCAUCAUCGAAACGACGAGCCUGGAACCAUGCUUCCUGGUCAUUGCUUUACAAUCGAACCGUGUCUGAUACAAGGCUCAAACCCUCGUGGCUGGAUAUUUCCCGACGGCUGGACGGCCUCUACGGAGAACUGUGCAAGGAGUGCACAAAAAGAGCAUAUGGUUCUAGUAACUGAAGGUGGAAUAGAGGUCAUCACA